AUGUCAUUGUGUCCAAACCGGCUCGGCCCACCGGCCAGGCACGACACAGGCCGGGCCCUACACGGGCUAAUCGUGCUCGGGCCAGGCACGAGCCCGCCGUGGGCCGUGCCCGGGCUGCCACCCCGAGCCCGCGUGCCGGCCCGGCACGACACGAUUAGGAGGCGCAGCCAGUCCCCAGUCAGCGUCUCAGCGACACGCAGCACAGCGAGCGAGGCGGGCGAGCGGCACAGCGAGGCAGCGAGCAAGGCGCCGAGGCGGGCGGCAGUGCGGCACGCGCGGUCAACGCAGCGGGAGGCCCGGGCGCAUCAGCGAUCUGGCCAUCUGGGGGAGCGGGGCAGGAGCACAAGGCUCGAGGCAGCCAGCGGCCAUGCCGUGCCGUACCGGGCCGGCCCGUUUGGCCAGGUAUGCUCCCUUGUGAGGAGCUCGCCAUCGUCCUCCUCUCGCCCUCCCCUUCCCUCGCCGGAAGGGAGAAAAGAACUAGAGGGAGGGAGAUCCAUCCCGAUCCAUUCGGGGCUAGGGUUCGGGCGGGGCGUCGCUGGCGGCCUCUCCGCACUUCUUCGACCGGAUCCGCCGCCCCCACCUCCCCUCCAUCUCUCAGCCCCCCACCUCACGGACGACCAGAGUCGCACGGCAGAGCACCGCCGCGCCGGGGAAGAGGAGAUGAUGAUGGGGAUGAUCAACGCGAACCAGGUGGUGCACGAGCGGCCGGAGCGCGCCUCCCACCUCGCGCACGCGGCGCUUGACACGCUCGACGUCUUCGAUACAGUGCGGGACAUCAAGGACCCGGAGCAUCCAUACUCGCUGGCUACUAGAUCUGGAGCUGGUAAAUCACAGGACAAAGAAGUCGGAAGAAGCUGAUCCUAUUUGUAUCUGUGUAAUAACUUGGCGCAUGUGAUAGACUGUAAACUUGUAGAGCAGAUUGCUUCUUGUUGUUAUCUGAUUGUAAACUUCAUGCUGAUCACAUUUGUAUAUGUGUUAUAUGAUGUAGCAGAUUAUAUUGCUUCUUGCUGUAA